CAGCGUAAUUCUGAUGCUAACCAAACUCUUUGACUUCAACCUCAACAGUGCGACCGAGAGUUCAUUAUGGAGGUCAACUGACUAUGGAGCAACGUACCAGAAGCUGAACGACAAAGUGGGAGCGAAGACGAUCCUCAGCUACCUGUAUGUGAGCCCCAACAACAAGAGGAAGAUUAUGCUGCUGACGGAUCCGGAGAUAGAGAGCAGCCUCCUGAUCAGCUCUGAUGAAGGAGCCACAUACCAGAAGUACCGACUCAACUUCUACAUCCUGAGCCUCCUGUUUCACCCCGAGCAGGAGGACUGGAUCCUGGCAUACAGCCACGACCAAAAGCUUUACAGCUCUGUUGAGUUUGGAAGAAGAUGGCAGCUGGUGCACGAGAAAGUGGCUCCUAAUCGUUUCUAUUGGUCCAAGAUGGGUUUGGACAAAGAGCCGGGCUUAAUUCACCUGGAAACCAGCAUCUCUGAAGGACAGGCGCUGUACAUCACCUGCAAGCUGCAGAACUGCACAGACGCCAACAAGGGCAAACCAUUCCCCGGAUACAUUGACCCCAAUUCCCUGGUGGUGCAGGAUGAGUAUGUGUUUGUCCAGGUGUCCACUGCAGGGAGGCCGGUCUACUACGUUUCUGCAAAACGAGACGUCUUUACCCCGAUGAAGCUGCCAAAGUACACCCUGCCCAAGGAGCUGCAUGUGAUCAGUACAGAUGAAAACCGCGUAGUGGCUGCUGUUCAGGAGUGGAACCAGAAUGAAACCUACAACCUGUACGUGUCGGACACUUCGGGCGUCUACUACACUCUGGCUCUGGAGAACGUGGUCAGCAGCAUGGGCCUGGAGGGCAACGUCAUGGUGGACCUGUAUGAGGUGGCAGGAAUAAAGGGCAUGUUCCUGGCCAACAAAAAGACUGAUAGCCAAGUGAAGACGUACAUCACUUACAACCGCGGCAGAGACUGGAGGUUGCUGCAGGCCCCCAGCAGAGACCUGAGAGGCAACAGCAUCCACUGUGUGCUGCCGUACUGCUCAUUACAUCUCCAUCUUCACGUGUCUGCCAACCCCUACACAUCUGGAAACAUCGCCAGCAGGGAGUCGGCGCCGGGGAUCAUCGUCGCCUCAGGCUCCAUCGGUUCAGAACUGACCACCAGCAAUGUGAGCGCGUUCAUCACCUCUGAUGCAGGAAACACGUGGAGACAGAUCUUUGAUGAGGAGUACGCCGUGCUUUAUCUCGACCAAGGUGGAGCCUUGGUGGCAAUAAGACACACUCCACUUCCCAUCCGACACCUAUGGUUGAGCUUCGACGAAGGACGGCAGUGGAACAAGUACAGCUUCUCCAACACGCCUCUGUUUGUGGACGGGGUGCUGGGCGAGCCGGGCGAGGAGACGCUCAUCAUGACGAUCUUUGGCCACUUCAGUCAUCGCUCUGAGUGGCAGCUGGUGAAAAUAGAUUUCAGGUCCAUCUUCAACAGGAGAUGCACCGAGGCGGACUACCAGACGUGGCACCUACACAACCAGGGUGAGCCGUGUCUGAUGGGCGUGAAGAGAAUCUACCGGAAGCUGAAGCCGACCUCCAGGUGCGUCAUGGGAAAGACGUACUCCGUGGCGAUGACCUCGGCUCCCUGCGACUGCAUGGAGGCGGACUUCGAGUGUGAUUAUGGCUAUGAGAGGCGAACUGAUGGGAAGUGCAGCCCCGCCUUCUGGUUCCAUCCGUCCUCCAUGUCCCGCAGCUGCACCACGGGGAUGACUUUCCUCAACAGCACCGGCUACAGGAAGGUGGUGUCCAAUAACUGCACAGCUGGAGUGAUAGCAGAGUACACGGCCCGGCGACAGCACUGCCCCGUCCAGGCUCCCAAAGGCCUCCACCUGGUCACCAGCGAGGGCCGGCUGACCGCCACGCUGGGCGCCAACGUCACCUUCCUGGUUUUCCUGGAGGAGGGAGACGGAGCAAGGACCAGCAUCACGGUGGACUUUGGAGAUGGUCACGCUCUGACGUACUCCAACGUGAGCUCCAUCGAGGACGGCAUCAAGCACAUCUACAAAUCCGUGGGAAUCUACCGGGUGACGGCCACCGGGGAGAACAGCCUCGGUUCUGAGACCGCCACGCUCUUCCUGCACGUCACAUGUCAGCUGGAGCAUAUCCAUCUCUCUGCUCCCUUUGUGGCGGUGAGGAACAAGGAAGUGAACCUGACCACCGUUCUGCAUCCCAGCCAAGUGGGAACGGUCACCUACAUCUGGUGGAUCGGAAAUAACACUGAGCAGCCUGUUAUCACCCUGGAGGGAAGCGUGGCGUGUACGUUCCCCAGGGAAGGGAUCGAUACAGUCACGGUGCAGGUGUCUGCUGGGAACGCCAUCCUGCAGGACAGGAAAACUAUUGCCGUCCACGAAUAUUUCCGAUCCCACCUGCUGGCCUUCUCCUCGAACCUGGACGAACACAACCCGGACGUGGCUGAGUGGAGGCAGGAUGUGAGCCGGGUGAUCCGGAACGCUCUGAUCCAGGCGACAGGCGUACCGGAGGACCUGCUCCUGGUCACCGUCCUGCCAGGUUUACCAACAGCAGCCGAGUUUUUCCUGCUGCCUGACAAGCAGCUCACCGAGGGGAAAGCAGAGAAGAGCUCGGCUCAUUUAGAUCAGCUCUCUGACCUCCUGCUGAUCGCCUUGAAUCAGAACCUGGUCCAGUUCACGCUGCGGCCGGGGGUCCAGGUCACCGUGUACGCCGCUCACCUGUCGGCAGCGCCCCUGGUGGACACCAGCGAGAACCACAGUGGCUCUGCCAUGCUAAUGCUGCUCUCUGUAGUGGUUGCGGGUUUAGCUGUGUUUGUCAUCUACAAAUUUAAGAGGAAGAUCCCAGGCCUCAACGUCUAUGCGCAGAUGCAGAACGACAAAGAACCAGAAGUGAUGAGUCCAGCCAAUCCCUCAGAGGCCACGCCCUGCUCACCGCAGGACUCGGUGCCUUCUCUGGAGAUUCUGGACACCGAGUUGAACUCGCGGCCCAUCGUGAAGUGGUCCAGACUGCAGGAGAACUAGACAUAAACAGAUCAGAGGCUGUUAGUGGAUGUAUGAAACCUCAUGUACAUGUGAAAUUCUCCACAGAACUCCCCACAUACAUCGUCUGAACUCUGGACUGGACUGACGCCUCCAGCUCCCAUCAUGGAUUUGAUCUUACUUUUGUUUGGAUUUUGUGUUUGGAUCUCGAUGGUUUGGAGCUUUACACCUGUGCAUAUUGGAGCCGGAUGACACAUACUGUGCUCUGCUGAACGCAGAAGAAACUGUACAGGUUUUAUUUUCUUCUCGUUUCUCCUUCAUGUUUUAAAAGAAACAUGUUCAGACUUGAGUUUGUUUCUGAGUCGAGGAGGAUCGCCAGCAUGAACGAAUCGAAAGUUUGGGAUUUUCUCACAUCCUGGAUCGGUUUGCUGCUUUCUGAUGCAAACAGCAGACGGUGUAUUAUUUAUUCAUAUAAAAAUACUUUCAUGAAGUACGAUAUGGAAGUGAGUGACAUAUUAAUUUUGUAAAUCAUGAAUGUCUAUGUUAGAACUUUGUGUAUUUUAAUAACAAAUGUACUAAAAAGAGACACUUAUAAAAUAUGACUCAGCUAUUUCAAAGCUUUUGAUCUACUGUCCUCAAAAAGCUGAUUUAUGGCACAAAGCAGGUUUUCUACUGAAAUAUUCUGCUUUUAUUUUGGCUUUUACAACAACGUUGAGCUUUCAGGAUUAAUUUAAGCCUUCAUGUUUGUUGCCUCUGCUCAUGUUGAUGACACCUGCCAGUUUGUAAAAAGCUCCGUGCUUCAGAACCUCCUUCCCACAGCCAGGCCCCAGCCUUCAGCAGAGCUUUCAGGAGCAAAGAUAAAGCUGUGUGUGUGGAUGGCGCCGAUGCCGCCGGUGGUCCUGGAAUGACCGCAGGAGGCCAAGUGGAGCUUAUCGAGACCCGCGUAGAAACGUGGGACCUGGAAUGAGAUCCAGCUGCUUUACAGGAGAAGUCAAAGAGCUGGAAAACACAGAGACAGAUGGAAGUACGGCGAAGCAUUAGGAGCGUUCCAGUGGGCAGAAUGAGAGGAGGGCGACUGCUUGAAUACUUAAUGUGGCCCGUCGAGCUCAAGGCCCGCUAAGGUUGGUGACACAUCUGGGUUAAUGUUGUGACCUGCUGCAGCGAGGCGGCCGUCUUCAUCCCGGCUCAUUAGGACGUGCUGCAGGAGCGCAGCAGCAGAACUGGAGCACAGCAGCUGCAGGGCGCCGCGGCCGGCUCAGACCAGACACACGGAAACGCCUGAUUGAUGCUUUCACAGCUUCUGAGGCAACGCAGCCGGACCCGGUUAGAACAUUUUUAAACCGAUGUUAGGUCCAAACAAAGCUUUUCCAUGUACCACACCUUGGAAAAGUAUUCAGAUCCCUGGAAAUGUCCUUAUUUUGUCACAUUACAAACAUAACAGUAUUUUAUUCCAACUCUAUGUGAUGGAUCAACACAAAGUGAAAGUUUGUGGACUUUGGAAUGAAACAGUUUCACAGUUCACUGAGGGUUUCCAAAGUUUUACUCACCUCCAGACGCUUUCUGGCAGAUUCUUCUUUUCAAAUUAGUUUAAAGCUCCAUCAGAUUGGAUGAAAAGCUUCUGAGAACAUCUAUUUAAAGCACUGAGCUUUGACUAGGCCAUUCCAACACCUAAAUAUCCCCUGCCUUUGGCUGCAUGUUUG